UUAAUUCAUGCGUGUGUCUAACCAAUCUCUAUCUCAGUAGAGUUAGGGAGUUUUUGACGCGCCGUUGAUACAGAGCUUCAGCUGCAAACACAACAUUUUCUUUUGCAGUAGAGCUUGCAACAACAAAUUCUGCUUGAAACGUAGUUUUAUGAACGAGCUGUUAGUUUCGGGCAAGUUUUAGGCGCGGAUCGAUCGUCAGCAUGCGGAGCUCUCGUUGAACCAGCAGCGAAUGACGGCCGCAGAGGAGAAACCAGCAGCCGAGGAGUCGGCUGCGGCCCGUCGGGAGAGACGCAAGCGGUCCCGAUGGGGCGAGGAGACUGAAGCGGGCAGAAAGGUCCUCGAGGAGACUGCCCGCCAGCUGGAAGGCACGCCCGGGCCCGAUCAGCCACAGCAGGAUGCUGAACGAGAGGGCUCCGUGGGGCCGCCGACGGGGGACGCCCCUCGCAAACGACGCAGUCGCUGGGAGCCGGAGGAGACGAAGUCGGUGACCUUGCCCGGCCUGUCUGCUGCAAUUACCCUGCCGCCCUCGCUGGCACACCUGGUCGACAUCAACCCGGAAACACUGGAGCUGCAGAUGCAACUCAACAACAUCAGCCAGCGCAUCAGCCUGCUGCAGGCCGGCAAACUGAUGGACGACACGCCACCGGAGCAGCGCUCGCCCAGCCCCGAGCCCAUCUACGGCGAGUCGGGCAUGCGGAUCAACACGCGGGAGCAGCGGCUCAAGGACAAGCUCACGGAGCGGCGGACGGAAAUCAUCAUGGAGCUAUUGAAGAAGAACCCCAACUACAAGCCGCCCGCCGACUUCCGGCCGCCCAAGAAGACGCGCAAGCUGUUCAUUCCGCAGCGCGACCACCCCAGCUACAACUUCAUUGGCCUAAUCAUCGGCCCGCGCGGCAACACGCAGAAGCGCAUGGAGAAGGAGACCAACACCAAAAUCGCCAUCCGCGGCAAGGGCAGCGUGAAGGAGGGCCGCACGCGGCGCGACCUCAGCGGGCGGCCGGAGCCGGGCGAGGACGAGGAGCUGCACGUGCUCAUCAGCGGCGACACCGACGACGACGUGGACAGGGCUGCUGCGCUGAUCGAGAAGCUGCUUCAGCCCAACGACGACACGCUCAAUGAGCACAAGCGCCUGCAGCUGCGCGAGCUGGCGGCGCUGAACGGCACGCUGCGCGACUACGAGUUGAUGGAGCUGCAGCGGCAGGCGGAGGAGGGGCUGGGUGAGCUGUUCAAGCUGCCGGAACACCUCAAGGAAAAGGUGGAGGAGCAGUACCGGCGUGACGUGAUCGCGGUGCACGGCGAGGGCGCGGGGGCCAUGGAGGACGAGUACAAGUCCUUCCUGCGGGACCUGGGUGGAGACGUGCCGCACGUGCCGCGUGAGCUGGAGGGCUUGCUGGGCGGCCCCGGCGGGCGCGGGCGGCCGGGCCUGGGCCGCGCCGCCGACCGCGACGCCGACGACCCGCGCACCGUGUACGUGGGCUUCAUCCCGCACUUCAUGGCGGAGGCGGAGCUGCGGCAGCUGUUUGGCACCUGCGGCGAGGUGGUGGACUGCAACAUCAUCAUGGACCGCCACACGGGCACCAGCAGGGGGUUCGGGUUCGUGCGCUUCGCAACCGAGGAGGGCGCGCAGGCCGCCGUCAUGCAGCUGAACGGCUACGUGCUGGCCAACAAGCGCCUCGUGGUGCGGCCCAAGGGAAACCCCAACAACAGCAACAUCAAGCCCGGCUUCCCGCCGCCGCCCGGCGCCGGUGGCGGCGGCUACGGCGAGGGCGGCUUCGGCCUGCCGCCGCCGCCGCUGCAGGGCCGCGAGCAGCAGCAGCCGGAGGACCCCAUCCCGGCCUACCGGCCGCCGCCGCAGUGGCUGUUCACGGACGAGCCGCCGCCGGGGCUGGAGCUGGCGGCGGCGGCGGUGGCGGGCGCGGUGGCGGGGUCGGGGGCGGUGGCGUCGCACGUGCCGCUGCACGCGGGCGCGGUACGGCCGCCGCCGCACCUGGCCGAGUGCGGCGCCAUGCACAGGUACAUGGUGGCGCAGGCGGAGUGGCAGCAGCAGGUGGCGGCGCAGUGGGCGGAGGCGGCGGAGGCGGAGGCGGAGGCGGACGCCGCGGCGGCGGCCGAGGCAGCGGCGGGAGGGCUGCCGCCGCCGGCGCCGCGGGAGCGGCCGGCGGAGUGGGUGGCGGCGGCAGCGGCCGCGGCGGCGGAGGUGCUGCCGCCGGGGAUGCACUACUACCUGCGGGAGCGGGACCGGGAGCGGGAGGCGGAGCUGGCGGAGCAGGCGCAGCAGCAGGGCGCGCCGGAGCAGCACCAGUCGGGGCACCCGCAGUGGCAGGGCGGCGUAGGGCCGUCAGCAGCAGCGGCGGCGGCGGCGGCUGGGGAGCCGCCGGCGCCGGGCUCAGAGGACGCGCCGCCGGGCACCAGUGCCGAGGCCGGCGCCGGCUCAGGCGCGGCCGGGGCUUUCGGUUCCGCGACUGGGACAGGGCCAGGCGCCGCCGGGCCAAGCCAGCCGCGGCCGCACGGGCCGCACUCGCGCGCGCCCACGCUGCCGCUCACGCCGGCGCCGGUGUGGCUGUCGCCGCCGGUGGAGGUGGAGCCGGGGCCGCCGGGGGAGGAGCCCAACACCGCCACGCGGCCCAUGCUGCCGGGCGAGACCAUCGAGUCGUACAACGCGGCGCUGUACGCCGAGAUGUACGGCGCGUACGGCGCUGCGGCGUACGGCGGUUACGACAUGGCGGCGGCGUACGGCGCCGAUCCGGCGGCGGCGGCGGCGGCUUGGGCCGCGAUGUACGGCGCGAUGCCGGGCGGGGUGGAUAUGAGCGGCGGCGCCGUGGGCGGCGGCGCGACGGGCGGCGGCGGCACGAUGGGGGCGGCGGCGCAGCACGGUGCGGACGACGGCGCCGGUGGCGGUGGCGGCGGCGCCGGCGGGCGGAGAGGCCGCGGCGGGCGCGGCAAGCCGGCGCCGGCGGUGGUGCAGGUGGUAUCUUUGGAGCCGGAGGAGAUGGAGCGGGCGCGGAAGCGGGCGGCUGAGGAGGAGGAGCGCGCGCGGCGAAUCAAGGAGGCGGCCGAGCGCAUGAAGGCUGAGCAGGAGCGGGCGAAAGCGGGUGUCGGGGGACAAGACGGCGACGCCGGCGCCGGGGCCGGGCCUGGGCCCGGGUCUGCGCCUGCGGAUGGCGGCCCUGGCGGCCCCGGCGGCGGCCGGCCGCCGCCGUACUCGGCGGGGCGGGCGCCGGUUUCCAACGGCCCCGGGGGACCAGGGCCCGGCGGGCGGCGGCCCACACGCAGCCCCUCGCCCGACAUCCUGCGCGGUCGCUUCGCCUCCCGCAGCCCGCCGCCGCGGCCGGGGCCGGGUGCUGGUGGCGGCGGCGGGCCGCCGCCGCCGCCAUUGGGGAUGCGGGGGAGGGGCGGCGGCCCGCCGCAGGGAGGGCGCUACAGCAGCCGCAGCCCGCCGCCGCGCGGGGGCCCGCCGCCUCAGGGCGGCCGCUUUGGCAGCCCCGGCAGUCGGAGCCCGCCGCCGCGUGGCGGGCCGCCGCCGCAAGGCGGGCGUUACUACGGCAGCCGCAGCCCAUCGCCGGAUCGGGGGCCACCGCCGCAACGCGGCGGGCGCCCGCCAGGCGCCCGCCAGGGCCCGCCAGGGCAACCGUACGGCAACGGCCCGUCGCCGGAUCGCGGGCGGCGCUUCAGCCGCAGCCCGUCGCCUAUGGGCCGCGGUCCGGGCGGGCCGCCAGGGCCGCGGGGCGGCGGCGGCGGCGGCGGCGGCGGUCUUGUUGGCGGUGGCGGCGGCGGUGGGCCGUACGGGAGUCGCAGCCCGCCGCCACGCGGGGGGCCGCCGCCAGGAGGCCGUUUCAGCAGCCGGAGCCGCAGCCCGCCGGCGAGGGUUCGGGGUGGGCCGCCCGGGCCAGGGCCGGGGCCGGAGUACCGGGGAGGGCCGCCGCCUUAUGGCGGCGGCGCGUACGGGGAUGAAGAGGGACCGCGGCUGCGGCGGCCGCCACCACCGCGCGGGAAGGACUCGGAGUCGGGCGAGCUGUCGGACGGCGAGGUCGACGACGGCGAGGUGGCGGGGCCGGGCCACAGCGGCCGCCGCCACGGUGGGGGCAGUGGCGGCGAAGAAUGGCGCGGCGCUGGGCCUCGCGGCGGCGGCGGCGGCGGCGGCGGCCCUCGCGGCGGCGACUGGCAUGAUGGUGAUGGCGCAGGGCCGCGGGGAGGCCGCGGCGGCGGCGGCGGCCGUGACUGGGACCGAGACCGGGACUACCACCGCGGGCCGCAGGGCGACUGGGAUCGGGAUUACGACCGGCCAGGGCCGCGGGACGGAGGCGGCGUUGGCGGCGGCUACGGGCGUGGCGGCGGCGGCGGUGGCGGCAGGGGCCGCGGUAGUGGCGGCGAGGGGAGAGGCAGCCGCGGGCGCGGGGGUGGCGGCGGGAGGGGCGGGAGGGGCGGGAGAGGCGGGCCGCCAGGGCACGGGCAGGGCAUGCAGCCGUUCGGCAUGUUCCCGGCGGGCUUCCCAGAGGAGGCCUAUGGCUGGGGCUACGCCUGGGAGGGCCCGUGGGAGGGCGGCCCGGAGAUGUGGUACGGCUUUGAGGGCGCCGAGUACGGCGACUUCUACGCAGCCGGGCCGUACGGCGGUUACGAUGAGGAGUACGAAGACGAUUACGGCGAUGGUGGCGGCGGCGGCGGUUACACGGGCGGCAGCAACCCCCGGCCGAGCGGCGGCGGUGGCGGGCGAGGUGGCGGCGGUACGGGUGCAGGCGCGAGGGGCGGCGGGCGCGGCGGGCCACCCGGCGGGAGAGGCAGUGGCGGCGGUGGUUACCAAGGCGGCAGCCGGCCAGCAGGUGGCAGUGGGGGUCGUGGGCAGGCCUGAGCUGUGCGGGCGCGUCAGUCAAAGCUGCGCGUCUGUAUUGGUUCCGUAGCUGACUGCUGUGACGCGUACGUGCUGCGCGUGUGCAGCAGUGCGGGCGGCAACGCCUGGACGCGAAGAGUGAGGGCGUGCUGUGCUCGUGAUGGAACAUGGCAAGGGGCAGGAAAGCGUGCUGUGCGACCGGGCUCGUGCAAGAGGCAGGACGUGUUGUGUGUUUAUGAUGGUUGGUUGGAUGACCUGUUCGGCUGGCAGCUGUCCUGACCACGCCUGCCACCAACUGUGUACACUUUGCUAUGGAAUGU